GUGCGUGCGGGCGCUUGAUGAACUCUGUACGGUUGUGUGAGAAAUAGGAACGCUUCAAGGAUGCCCAAUUUCCGGUCGACGACUCAGUAACCAGGAUCUAAACCCCGGUCCAGAGACUGUUAAUUCUAAAACUUGUUGCCGAGACGGUCUGACCCACCUAGCAACGUGCUGAUUGUCGUGCGUCCCGAUCCUCAGAUUCUGUAGAGAACGAGGCCAUGUCGUUGCUUCGGUGGGCCACUAAAAGUAGGAACACUCUAAAGUGAGAUGCUGGAGAGAAUCAAGCCACGUCGUCGCUUCGAUCGGCUGGUUGAAUCCCUGUCCGAAUCUCAGAUUCUGCACGGAAUCAGGCCAUGCCAUGUCGUUGCUUCGAUGGGCUGUUUAAACUUAAACCUGAACGUGAGAUGCUGCAGUGAUUCAUUCCACGUCACCCUCUCAAUCGGCUGGUUGAACUUCGUCCCGAAGCUCAGGUACUGGAGAUGCUGAGGCCAAGGGGUGUGUUCGAUGGCCUGGUUGAUACGCUUGCCAAAUGAAAGAUGCUGAAUUGACUUGGGCCAGGCGAAUCCCGAAAUCGGCUGGUUGAAGCUAUCUCCGAGAAUGAGUUGUUCCAGCAAUGGAGGCGGCCACUCGACCAUACUGAUUGCUUGGUUGAAGUCGCUCCCGAAUUCCAGCCGCUGCAACGACGCGGAAAAAACCAGCGGACCCUGCGAAUCCCGAAACCGGCUGGUUGAAGCAAUCUCCGAAAAUGAGUUGUUCCAGCAAUGG